AUGACCUCAACAGUAAGAGCCUAUAAAGGACUGACGACUAAGCGAAUUGAUAACGUACUAAACUGGUUGCGCGAGUCAUCUAAACUUCUCGACCCCGUAGCACCUGACCUCAGGCAAGGGCAAGCACAGAAAAUUAAACUGGCGAUAGAACUGUGCGACGAAAACAUCAGCCUUAUGGAAUCCUCCCUCACCAAACUCACAGAAGCCUUUGAUAGGAUAGAAGACACAGAUAAUGAGGAAGAGGAACAGCUAGACAAGUAUUUAGAGUCGGCACAAGAAACAAUAAUAAAACUACAAGUGCACAAAACUAAUCUCAAGCAAGUAAUGCAUGAGAUUGGGCAGGAGAGUAGUGGGUAUGACGAGGAGAAGGAAACCUGGGAUCGUUAUUGGUCGCUGGAAUCCUCAGGAACCGAAGAAUACACAGGUUCACAAAAAACCGAAGUCAAGAAGUUGAACGAAAAAGUUCUCAAAGACUUCAAGGACUCGAUCGAAAAGCGUGCAGAUGGAUACUAUGUACGCCUACCAUGGAAGGAACAGCACCCACAAUUACCGGACAACAAAGCACUAGCACUGAAGCGCUUGAAGAAAGUGCUAAAGGGACCAACUGGAAAAAGGAGUCAUAGAAGAAGUAGCACCAGAUGA